AUGACUUUGGAAAGCAAAAAAAUAAAAAAAGGAUCAUCUUUGGGUACCAGAAUUAUUCAGAAAAGAAAAAAAACCUGCAAUAAGUCGUACCCUAGCCAUGUAUCGGAUAUUAAGUGUCAUGAAGGCACAGAUGCAGAUGGAAAAGACAUUAUUACUGCUACUCUUAGAAAGCCAGACGGAUUCAGGGGUCACCCAGUGUUUACUAACAACAGAGGAAUUCAACCACAGAAACACAACAAAUGUCAAAUUAUACCAGAUCCAAAAGACACGUCCAAUUCAGUCUACUUUCUUCGUAUUAUGGACUUUAUUGAAUGUCCAGUGAAGAAGCAGAACGGAUUCUUAAAUGUGCAAGUGUGGUUUCCCCAAAUUACUGGAGUUGUGCUGAUGAAUGAUCAGGAUGUUUCCAUCAUGUGUCAGCCUCCCGAGCACGUGAUUACAGAGAAACAAACCACAAGCUUUUCAGGAAACAUACCAUCUCUUGGGCGGGUAUCUGGAGCUGUGGAAGGAAAGCCAGGAAAGCUAGAGUAUGUUAUGGAACUUUAUCAGGAGUCUACUACUAGAAGUGGGAUGUUUGAAAUCCCGGUAGAUGGCGCUGUGCCGAUUGGUACUUUACUGCAACUACGAGCUGCCAUUAAUACAAACUCAGCAUGGAAGCAUGCCAAGUUACUGGACGUAGUGGUAUCCAGUAGUCCAGAUGACCCUGAAGUUAAAGGUCAAAUAGUUUUAGUGAAAAACGGCUGUCGAGUUAAGGAUUAUGAAAGUAUAGUACCAAAACAACCAAUCAGAAUGGACGAAAAACCUGGAGAGGUGACUUUAGAUUUCCAGGCAUUUCUUUUAGAAGACAUGGAGUCGUCAAAUCAGUUGUGGCUUCACACUAAGAUUGAAGCUUGCAUUGAAGCUUCGGAUUGUGUUUUGGAGUUCUGCCUUGACUUGUUUCAACCGUAUGGUCACGGCCGUAAAAAGAGAGCUGGAUCCAACUUCACUCGAUAUUUUUCAGACUUCCAUGAUUUAUCACUUGGUAGAAAAGCAAAUGUAUCUACAGUAAAAGAAAAACAACAUUUAAAAACAACGUCAAUAGGAGAAAACAUUGGCAUAACCGUUUACGUGCCAGGAGGUGAGAACAGUACCAAGUCUUUGAAUUUUCCAUCAUGA